CAAGGUAAACAAAAGAAGAAGAGGCACGCUCAGUAGAAAACGAGAGUUGAUGCAAAUCAUGCAACAAGGUACUGAUUAAAACAGCAUUUCACGCAUUUAAAGACUUAUUUCGAAACUACAAACACACUUGGACACUCAAGGAUUGGGGUUUAGGAACAAACAUGGCGGCUACGGAAAGUGGCGAUGGACAGUUUCACCCGAGCACCAAUCAAGUCCCUGGCGCGGUAAUGGAGGGAGCAGAUGCAGAGUCCAUGGAAGCUGUUUCAGAGUCAGGAGCAUCAGUGAGCGGUGGAGACCCAGAGCUGAUUCACAGAACUUCACCUCGACUCCCCGAUGAUGGAGAAGGAAUGACUAGUGAAGAAAUCAAACAUAGAGACGCUGAGGCUGGAUCUCGAUCCCUGUCACCGUCGUCUGCAGAAGAUACAGUCACUAAAGUUUUGGUUCAAGGUGACGAGCCAGAUAGCUGCUCAGACUCUGAAAAAGAGACAGCCGUGGUAAAAACUGAGGAAGACUUUGAGUCUACAGAAGAGAAAGACGGAAUAAAGGCCGAAAACUGGGAGAGAAGUCCUGCAGGAGCUGAUGUCGGCAAGGAAAGGAAUACGGACAGUGGGAAGGAAAUAGCAGGCAAAGAUGUGAAGACGGAUGAAGAUGUGGACGCGGAGCAGGAAGAGCUGGCUCAUGGCAGUCUGAGGGUUUCUAAUGCUGACGACCUGGAUGAAAUGAUGGACAUUGGUACGGUGGAUCAGGUGGAACAAGAAGCUCAGAUGAAAGAGGAGGAAGAGAAUAGUUUGAUGGACGUGGAGAACAGCCAUGCAGCCUUGGUGGCAGAGGAGAGCAACUCUUUGGAGGAGGAGAGCGACGUGAAACCAACUGUGGAGCAAGUGGAGGACGUAAAAACAGCUUUAGACUCGAUGCAGUCUGACUCGUCUCCGUCAUCGGAGGCCACAGCCAGUACAGGAAGAGACAGCUCAUCACCGGCGACUGUAAUGAACGGGAUGAAAGUAGUAAAGAUAGCAACACAGAGUCAAGACAAGGAACAGGGCACUUCCACUCAGCCAAGCCAGACGUCUCCUUCACCCCCUCUGGUCAAAGUGAAGGAUGAGCCUGUAGACGAAGAGUACGAACAGGCUCAGAUAUCCUCCACAUCCACGGCUAGUGUGAAGGAUGAGCCCAACACUGCAAAGGAGGAUUUGCAGAUCGGUUCAGUGUUCACCGUCACCCCAACAGCAGAAACUCACACCCUGCCCGUCAUCAACCCCCCAUCAUCACUCAUGUACUGCUCCAACUGUAAAAAGUCCCUGACUAAGGGACAGACCGCUUUCCAGAAGAAGGGCAACCCAUCGCUCUUCUGCUCCACCUCCUGCCUCACCACGUCUCUGCCCUCGGGCCGAGGGAACACCAAGGUCUGCCACAACUGUCAAAAGUUGAUAGUUCGGCCUCAGGACGUCAUCCUGGCUCCUGAUACUAAAGGAGCCAUGAAGGAGUUCUGCAGUCAGAGCUGCCUGACCGCCUUCAACUAUAAGAAGAACCCGGCUAACUACAGGAUCUUCGCCAACAACAAAGAGACAACACAAAGCACAACGACACAGUCACUCUGCAGCAUGUGCACCAGAUUCUGUGUUAGCAAACAUGAGGUGGUCCUGAGCGGCUCCGUCCACAAGAUCUGCAGCGACGCUUGCUUUAACCGUUUCCGCACAGUAAACAACCUCUCCAUGGCCGGCUGUGCCAACUGCGGAUCGUACUGCCACAACAAACCCCUCAUGCUGAAGCUGGAGGACGUCAACAAAACUUUGUGCAACCAUGACUGUCUCGUCAAGUACAAAGAGAAAACCAAGAUAAGCCAGGCGUGUACGAUGUGUCGAAUGACCCGCCUGAUUGGCGAGAUGGUAGACAACAAAAACAAAGAUGACUCAGUGAACCUCUUCUGCAGCAGCAGCUGUGUGAUGGCGUACAAGGUCCAGACUGUCAGUGCAUCAGGUUCUCGGUUGAAUUGUGACAAUUGUGGGAAGAACACAGUACCAGCCUAUCACCUGGCCAUGUCAGACACCUCCAUCAGGAACUUCUGCACUCUCCCCUGCGUCAUGGCUUUUCAGGAAAAGUUCAAGAAGUCCCAGAAACAGGUGAACGUUUUCACCAAGCUGCCGAUCGGAUCCACGCAGAUCCAGGAAGUCGAACCUUUACAACUUCAGCAAGACGUCCCACGAGGGAGACAGACUCUGAGCUGUAAUCACUGCAGCCGCAUCAUCACUUUCAAACCUGAAAUCAUCCAGAUUAAGGAUAAACUGGUGUUUGUUUGCAGCUCGGACUGUUCUCAAGAGUUCAAGAAAGCCAACUUUGUGACGGGCUUCUGUGAGUACUGUAAAAUCGAAAAGAUCACCAGAGACGCCAAGAAAAUCAACAACAAAAUCUGCUUCUUCUGCAGCGACGGUUGUAAGCUCCUCUUCAGACACGAUCUGGCCAAAGCCUGGGGGAAACACUGCGGCUCCUGCGUCUACUGCCACUCCAUGUCCAAGAAGCUGGUGACGGCUCAGUACGGAGGCUCGACGGAGGAGUUCUGCUCAGAGGAGUGCAGGUCCAAAUACACCAUGCUCUUCUGCCAUGUUGCAAAGUGUGACACCUGCGGCCGUAAAGGGAAACUAAAGCAGAGUCUGUCCAUGCUCGGAGAGGUCAAACACUUCUGUGACCUGACAUGUCUGCUGCAGUUCUGCUGUGAUUAUGUGGCCAGGCAAGUGUUUUCUGGUGUUACAGGGGAGGACACACCUGUCAUCGCCAGCGUCAUGUCUCUUGCAGGUCCUCUAUCGGGAAAACCCUCGAACUCAAAGAACUCUGGAAAUAUCAGCAUCCAGACUGAAAGAGUGAGAGCUAUUCCUCCUCCUGCUCCAAAGAUCCUGAAGAACAAGGCGCUGCUCUGCAAGCCGCUGGUGCAGAACAAAGGGAUCUCGUGUAAAACACAGACAGCUGACGUCGAAGCACAAACGGACGAAGUCUUGCCUAAGCUUAUGGUUGUGCCUGUCCCAGUACCCGUGUAUAUUCCUGUACCCAUGAACAUGUACAGCCAGUUUGCCCCCAAACCCUUUGGCCUGCCAUUACCGCUGCCUGUGCCCAUGUUCCUUCCCGUCACCAUGGACAGCGCAGAACGCAUCGUGGAAACCAUCCAGGAAAUCAAGCAGAAGAUCCCGUCUGAUCCCUUCGAGGCAGAGCUCAUUCUCAUGGCUGAGAUGGUCGCAGAAGACACUGAGAAGGACAACAUCAACAAGGAGGAGAGGCCAAAGGAGAAAGUGGUGGAAAAAGGAAAAGAGAGACAAGAAGCACCUGCGCCAGAAGACCACACCAGCAACUACAGCGACGACCUGGACACAGAGGACUUGGCCAGCUUCCUCAACAACUGGGAGGACACCUCCUCCGACGCAGGCUUUAGGUCUCCCAGCCGACCGUAUGCCAACGAGAAGCUCAACCCAAUCCUCGACAUUCCUGUGGGCAUGCCCAGUGAGCCUUACUCCGAGCCCCCGCCUGCAGCACCGCCUCCCUUGGAUGUUGAAGCUGACUUUACUGUUGAAACUCUGGAGAGGAUGGCCCGUCUGAGAGAGCAAGCCCAACGAUCCCCGAGCCCUCCUCCUGCAACCUCAAGAAGACGGCAAGCUCAGAGGAAAGCCAGAGAAAAAAGGGGUCGUAAGCCACAGCGGUCAUCUAAGGCAGCAGAGGCAUCGGUUAAAAAAGGCUCUCAAAAAGCCGCGGCUGUAGAAAUCCCAAAACUGAAGAGUCAGUAUGGAGUGGAAGCCUGGAAGCGGUGGAUCCAGUGGAGGCAAACUCAACCCGACCUGGAGAAGCCACGAUUCUCCUCUCGUCCCAUAGAGCUAAAGGAGGAUGUUCUACGGAGCACCACUGCUGAGCUGAGCUACGGCCUCUGUUGCUUCAUCAGGGAGGUGAAACGACCGAGCGGAGAGCGGUAUUCCUCUGACAGCCUGUUCUACCUCUGCCUCGGCAUUCAACAGCAUCUGUUUGAUAACGGUCGUGUGGAGAACAUAUUCAUGGAUCGUUUCUACAACAAGUUCUCUACUGAAUUCACUGCAAUGCUGAGAGGUUUCAAACCCUCAAUCACAGCAAACGGUUAUAUCCAUUCUCGCGUGGAGGAGGAGUUUCUGUGGGACUGUAAACAGUUGGGGGCGUACUCCCCCAUCGUCCUCCUCAACACUCUGCUUUUUUUCUGCUGUAAAUUCUUCGGCUUCACCUCGGUGGAGCAACACCGGCAGCUGUCCUUUGCUCACGUCAUGCGCUGCACUAAAACCAACCCGGACAACACCAAGACCACUUUCCUGCGCUUCUACCCUCCAAUAUCAAUAAACGAGGCUGAGUCAGAACCAGAAGUUCCGGCAAAGAAGCGAAAGGAGGAGGAGAAUAAAGAGGAUAUUCUGGAGAUGAUGGAGAACACUGAGAACCCUCUCCGCUGUCCAGUCAGACUCUAUGAAUUCUAUCUUUCCAAGUGCUCAGAGUCAGUCAAACAGCGCACCAACCUGUUCUACCUUCACCCCGAGCGCUGCUGCGUCCCAAACAGCCCCCUGUGGUUCUCCUCCAUCCCUCUCGAUGACAGCACCAUGGAGGCCAUGCUCAUCCGCAUCCUAACCGUCAGAGAGCUCCAUCUCAGGACAAGAAAAGAGAAACCUGAUGACCCACCAUAUAUACCUGAUGAGGAGGAGGAAGGAGAUUCAGAGUGAUUAAGGGCGAUGAGAACAGAAGUGACCUUUUUACUGGUGCAGCAGCUAAAGUGGUGUAAAUGUUUUUUUUUAGAAUAACUGAAACAUUCAUUCAAAAAAGAACCAAUGAAUAAAUAAACAGAAUGAACAUGUAAAUACACACUCACAUAAAUACAAUUUACAAAAUGCACAUUGUCUGUGUAGUUUGGACUUUGGAACUGAAAUGCAUCACUCGGCUCAGCAUUUAGACUGUUGACUACUGUUUGGCAGGAGACAUAGCUGUCCUUCUUGUGUUUUGUCUGCUGUAUGGUUGUUUAUUAUGUAAAACACUACUUUUUCCUUACACAUGUUAUGAUUCCUGAAAUUCCUGUAAAAAUCUGAGUUUGUUGUCCUUGUUAAAAAGAUCCACAAUGAAAAAUGUUAAGUCCUGUGUGAAUCGGAAUCCAAUCCAGGAGACAAACUGAAAACAUCUCUUUGUGAACCGUGUUCAGUUUUAAAACUACAAGUAGUUUAUUUUUUCAACAAUUGAACAAUGCCAUUAUUUGCUGCAAGUCAGUUAGUAAAAGAGCAUUUACAUA